AUGAGCACAGAGCUCCAGUUCGCCGAGGGUGUUGACCCAGAACAGCUGCGUCCCAUGGUGAACGAAUUGCAGGAGCAAGGGUGGAGGUUGGAUGACGGCAAGAUUGGCAUCCAAAAAACGUUCUAUUUUCGAUCAUAUUUCAAGGCCGUGUCGCGUAAUCCGGACGAUUGGCGUUCUUCGCAUGCUGACGGCGAGCUCAAGAGAUUCGGAUCAGUGGAUGUUCAUUGGACUACUCAUCAUCCUCGCGGCCUUACCGACAAGGACACUUCGAUGGCACAGUUCUGCGAGCAGGCAGCAACACUGAUGGGUGCAGUGCAGGAAGGGCAAGGCCAGAAGUGUGGACCGGCGACGUAG